AUGAAGACCUUCUCCAUCGCCGUUGCCAUGCUAGCGUCCCUAGUCGCUGCAGGGGACUUUAGCAAGAGUUGCACGGACGAACACAUCGACCCCGCAACCCAGGUUCUGACGGCAAACUGCAACGCCGGUGACGGCAAGGGCACGGUUAAGUCGACUUCCCUCGACCUCAACGCCUGCUUCACAUACACGGGCACCAAGAUUCAGUACAGCGGCAAGGGCAACUUUGGUGAUGCCUGCAACGACUGCUAUGUCUACCGCAUCGAGGACCCGGUCUACGGGCCGAUCUUCGGCACCACCCGAGUCUGGUUGAGCUGCUCUUGCAACGGCUCCGAGAGCCAAAUCGAGCUUGACACUACGCCCGUGUCCAACAAGUACGGAACUCUCAGCUGCACUUCAUGA